AUGUUGUUGACUGCAUUGCCAUUGCUAGCAGCCUUCGUCACAGCGACCGAAAGACCAGCGGCGACGACCUCUAACAACAUCACAUUCUACGGGGGCCAUAAACAGCGUGUGGAGAGCUUCCUGGGCAUUCGCUUCGCACACGAUACAAGUGGGAGCCGCCGCUUCAAACCACCGAUCAAGUUCGAAUAUCUCCCCGGCAGCGACGUCUACGCAACCAGAAUCGGCCCUGCGUGUCCACAGCCUCCUAACCCCAACAUCUCAGAGGAUUGCCUGCGCUUGAAUGUCUUUCGACCAAAUGGCACGACGUCGACAUCGAAACUCCCCGUCAUGGUCUACUUGCACGGGGGGUCCUUUGUUGCCGGAUCCAAGGACGACCCGAUGACCCAGCCGGGUGGACUCAUCUUGCAAAGCGUGCAAAAUGGACACUCGGUCAUGCACGUCUCGAUGAACUACCGGCUAGGAGUUUUCGGGUUCGCGCAGUCGCACGCCCUCAAGAAGGAGCGAUCGGAAAAUGCGGGCCUCCGCGAUCAGCGGCUCGCCUCGGAAUGGGUCAUGGAGAACAUUCGUGCCUUUGGGGGUGACUCUUCCCCAUCAAAUCCUGAAAGCGAAAGUAUUGGAGACGCUGAUGGUAAUCGUCUUGGUGACCCCGACAACGUCACCAUACAUGGCCAAUCAUCAGGAGGACUAUCCGUGGGAAUGCAGAUACUGGCCUUUGGCGGAGCCAAAUCGCAGUUGUUCCACCGAGGGAUAGCACAGAGUCAGGCAUUGGAGAAUGGAAUUACUGGGAACUUUACGCGCAACCCCAUGCAAAAAGUGGCAGACGGGACAGGCUGCAACACGACGGACCUCCAAUCGGCCGACACAAUUACGUGUCUCCGUAAAUUAAGCAUGGAUGAAUUGCUCAGAGCAGAGAAUAAUUCGCUUGGAGCAAGUCCUGGGGACAAUCUUGGAGAUGAAUGGCUGCCCGUCGUUGACGGUGAUUUCCUGCCGGCCGCCCCAUCCAACUUGAUUGCCACCGGUCAAUUCUACAACAUCUCUAUGAUCGCGGGUUGGUGCCAGGACGAUGCGAAUCAAUUCGUCGACUUUUUCCGAGCCUAUCUGCCGGGUUUCACCACGGAGAACCUGGACAAUCUGCUUGCUUUGUAUCCAAUUUCGGAACUCCAGGCGGCGUACUUCCCAAAUGGAUCCCUCGAACAGCCUUCCGAGCUCUGUAGAGCCGGGAGAAUUGUUCGGGACAUUUUGUUUGUGUGUCAAGCUGUGAACCUCGGCGCAGGACUCCAUAAAGCCGGAAACAAGGUCUACUUCUAUGACCAAAAUCAGACGAUGCUCACCCCACUGCUCGAAUCCGAAGGACAGUACGGGUACGGAGUAGUCCACACUUCAGAACUCGCGUACGUGUUUGGCAACCUGUCGUACUACGAGUUUCCCGGCAUCCCAUACCACCCGACCACAUCAGACUUUGCUCUGCGCGACCGCGAAAGCAGGACGUGGAGCUCCUUCGCAAGACGAGAACAUGGCAUUUAUGUCAUCGGCGGGCCCAACGAAGGCUACGCAGGCCUGACUGACGGUAACCCAGCCUCGCAGCGAGCCGUCUCGGGGCAAAGGAUAAGAGAACGCUGUGCCUUUCUGAAUUCGCCCGAGAUCGUCAGGCAACAGCUUUACUAA